AUGCCUCAGAAUGCUGGGCGCAUUCUUCUUCUGUGCGGCCUUGCGGGUUCCGGCAAGACCAGCACGGCCAAGACACUGAAGAAGGACCAUGGAUGGAUCUUCUUUGAGGGUGACGUCUGGUCUUGGGGCGAUGCCGUCGCACAGGCAGAGGAUACCCCAACCCAUGAGAUGAUCACGAAAGCCAUGGAAAAUGUCGAGAAAAUGAAGGCCGUCAUGGCAAUGGGUGCAGAGUUCUAUGCUAAGGUGAACACUGGUGAGGAGGGGAACUAUGAAGUUGCAAAUACUUUUUAUGACAUGAUGAUGGCUGACGUGCUCAAGGUGCACCAGGAGAAUCCCGGAAAGGAUGUUGUGGUGGUACAUGCCAUCAACCACAAGAAGAUCCGAGAUCACAUCUUCAAGUGCCUUGAGAAGAACGGUAGCAAUGAGGUCUUUAUAAUCUGCCUUGAUGUGCCUCACCCAGUCCUCAAGCAGAGGAACCUUAGUCGCCUUGAAGCUCGCGCCAGGGCCGAUGGUAAGACCUUGCAUGAGUUCAUCAUGAACUUUCCUGGUAAGAACCUUCCUGCUGAGUACGAGGCUCGUUUCGAACAGCUUACCAGCCCGGGUGCCCUGCAGCUGGAGCCUUUAGGCGAGGAUGAAAGGAAUGUCCACUUCGUAUCUGUUGCUGCUGAUGAGGAACCAUCUGCUGUGGACAAGAAGGUCCUUGACGUACUGCGUAUAGGAGCCUGA